AUGAACUUUUUCGCUAAGAAAGUCGUAAUGGAUCAAGAGAAAUGCGAGGAUUUCAUCAAAACAAUACUCGCUCCUUGCCAUUACCAAAUAUCUAUAUACCAAUUAGAUGAUGAGUUUGAGGAGUUAACAGGAAUCGGCAUCCCUUUCAGCUAUUUCGGUUACACAACGUUGAGAGCUUUCUUAAAGUCAAUGGAAAUGUUGAAGAUUUCCGAAUACGAUUGCGUGAAAUUAGUGGAUACGAAGAAGCCAGAAACUAGGAGAGACAACAAUCAAAAUAAUGAAGAAGUUACAGUGUUAAAGUUGACACAAACAAACGUGUUGUUUGUGCAGAAUUACGAAAAAAUGAUCAAACCGUACGAAACUAAAGAUUCGAAGAUGUGGAAGUGGUUGGAUGAAGUGGACAAGCACGAAUUCGAGCAACCGAGAAAUGAUGAAAAGUUCAAUGGAAUUUUCAAGGUUUUCAAAAAGUUGAUUAGAAGAAAUUCGCGCGUUUAA